AUGGGGAACAAAAUCGCUGAACUAAAGCAGGGCUCUAAGAAGAAAGAGGGGUUGAGAUACUCGAAUUUGUGCAUACAUCUAGACUUGGGUUUACCAGAAGGUUUCAAAAUUCCCAAAUUUGACCAUUUCAAUGGGUUGGGUGAUCCCAGGGCCUACUUGAGAGCUUAUUGCGACCAAUUGGUCAGGAGUGGUGGAAAUGAAGCUUUGCUCAUGAGAUUAUUCAGUCGAAGUCUUUCAGGAACAGCUAUGGAGUGGUUCAUCUCACAAGACAUCAGUCGAUGGAAGACAUGGGAGGAGAUGACAAGUUCAUUCAUGGAGAGAUUCCGCUCCAAUGUGGAAAAUGUCCUUGAUCGCUUCUCAUUGGAAAAAAUCUGUCGGAAAUUGACCGAAACCUAUAGAGAAUAUGCCAGUCGUUGGAGAGACGAGGCGACGCGUGUGAUACCACCUAUGACUGAACCUGAGCAUGUAGCUGCAUUUAUACGUAACAACACAGAGGCCACAAAUAAUGUCAUGAGCUGUUACGAAACAAUUAAGAACGAUGACGAACAAAGCAAAGAUCAAGAAGAGGAGAUAGCUGAAUCAGAAGGGUCGAUAGACGUCGAUGAGGAAUAUGAAAAUAGACCAACACCAAACCUAUAG